AUGGCAUCUGCUGAUACGGUAAUGAAAUCCGGUGAGCACCGCGACAAACUGGCCGAAAAGGAAGGGAUCAUUGGACUUGAGAUGGAAGGGGCUGGGGUCUGGGACAAUGUACCUUGCGUGAUCAUCAAAGGAGUUUGCGACUAUGCAGAUAGCCAUAAGAACAAGAUAUGGCAAGAUUAUGCUGCAGCCGUUGCUGCAUCUUGUACCAAAACCUUUCUUGACUAUUGGAUACCUACCAAUAAAGAAAGUCGAACCAAUCGCCUUCUGUCUGAGCAAAGCACAAACCUAAAAGACCUUAAAGUCUCUAUCGAAAAUAUCAGUGCGCAGUCCCGUGCGGCUGCUUUAUUAAUGCUGUAUGAUUCUGCGAUGUCAAGGGAAGAUCUAGAGGCUAAUAUCUCUUAG